AUUAGCAUGAAGACAGAAAUUCUCUAGCUGCAACAUCACAUGAAACACACAUCUUGUCUGAGAAGGGCUUGUCAAAUUUUCCUCUGAAACCUUCAAAAUCUCGGAAAUGCUCUCGAGGAUAUUCCGAGUUUCUCUUCCACGGAUGGCCGGGCCUCCUUCAAUUUCAGGAGCGGGGCUCAAUUGGCCUAAAGUCUGUUUAGUGGCGGCACAAAAUGAGAACGGCUGCCUGAGGACCUGGGCUCCGGCGAUAGCCACCUCGGCGAACAGGACAUUGAGUAGUUAUACUAAGAAUCCCGCCGUUGCAACGUCGGUCGACAGAUACGAGAGCGUCCCUCGCGAAGAAAUUUCUGCGUUCGAUCACGAUGCACCGUUUAUUGAUUCAUGGGGGGACGAUAUCGCUCUGUCGUCGUCGUUCGUUUCAAGUGACGGUCAUCUUGUGUUAGUGAAGUGGUCCGACGACGAGGAGCAGAUAUACCCCGCAGUUUGGCUAUAAAGGGAUCAAUGCCACUGCGGCGAAUGUUGCUACCCUGAUUCAUUCACGAGGAAAACCUUCCUGACAGACAUGAAUUUAGAGACGAAAAUUCAGGAUGCAUUCCUUUCCGAUGACUGUCAGAUCUUGUCUGUGGAGUGGGCCGAUGGUCAUCAUGGCAACUUCCCAACCGGAUGGCUUCGUGGUCAUCGCUUUGACCAGUCUCAGUCAGGGACCUAUCCACGGGGGAUUAGUCUAUUGUUACUGGGGGUGCUGAGCAUUGUCACAGCACCCCCAGUAACAAUAGAUAAUCCUCCGUGGCCAGGUCCAUGGUCUCAGUCUGACCCUAUCGCGGACCUCCGUCCUCGACUCUGGGGUCAUGACGUUAUGGCGACAGCGGACUUCAGCUUUUUCGAUUUUGACGAAGUGAUGGAGAACGACGACGCCCUCUACGAGUGGCUUAAAGUGCUCUACGGUCUCGGAAUGGCUGUUCUUAAGAAUGCACCUGUUGAAACGGGUCAGCACUUCCGCCUCCAGAACAGACUCGGAUACGAGUCUCCCACUCCAAUAUCAUCGGGAAUAGUCAAUCAAGUGAAGCUCAACCAAAAAUCUGAUCACCCAGCAUACUCCGAAAACACCCUUCAGCUCCACAACGAUAUGACGUACUACAACCAAGCAAAAGGAUAUCAGUCGUUCCACUGCAUCAAGCAAGCGACUGGAGAAGGCGGGGAAAGCCUGCUGGUUGAUGCGUUCAAUGUGGCCGAGGAACUCAGACAUCAGAACCAAGAAGCCUUCGAGAUGCUAACAAGGAUUCCGUGGGAAUUCAAGCUCUUAAUGGGCACCAACUACCAUAGCGCCCGUCGAGAAGCUAUCAGACUUAACAAUAAGGGUGAGGUGUGUCAAGUCACGAUUAGCGAUAUAUGUAGAGCAGCCAUGCUACGGAUACCGCCAGAAGACGUCUACAACGCCUAUGUGGCCCUGCAGGAAUUCACCCGAAUGCUUUAUCAUCCAGACUACGUGGCUCAAUACAUGCUAGCACCAGGUAAAAAACUUUUACCUUGCAGAAAUAUUUUUAGUCUCAUAUUCAUAUUUUUAAGACAUCGGAUCACCUCAUUUUCAAAGUUCUUGUCUUCCGCGUGAAUCAUUGUUCUGCUUCACAAUACAAAAUAAUGUUGAUCAAGUUCAAAAAUACAUCUUUGUCAGGUGAUCCUAUACGUCCAAUUCUGGUCUCCCAUAGUGAGACCCAAAUCUACAAAGACAUGAACUCUGUAGUCAGUGUUGUCAAUUAGGGGGUUCGAUCCCUUCUCUUUCCUUCUCUUCUCUUUUUCCUCCCCAAUCUCCUCUUGCGGUUGUCAAUUUUAGGGGGCUCGAUCGAACCCCAACCCUCCCACCCCUGGCUACGGGCUUCGGCAUCAGGGGUUCAGGCUUUUGCACAUGCUGGCCCAGGUCUCUGCAAUGAUUUUCCUCUUCGGUUCUUUUCGGUACUUCUGUUUUCACAAGCAAACAAUACAGAGUUUUCACAUUUACUUCUACGGGCCGCUCUUUAUACAACGCACCAAUAAAUAUUCCUUUCAAAAAGGGAGUCAGAUCAGAGAGCUGAGAGGCUUUUGUCGAAGGCUCGUGGACCGGGACAUCAGUGUCGUCUCGUGACUGUGGACAACGACAUUAUUUGCAAUUGUUCGUCCGGUCCAAACCUUCGGUUGAACUGCUAUCCAUAAAUAAACCCUAAAUACGGAUUUAGCUUUUUUUUCAGGGGGGGGGGGGUUAAAACUAAAUUUUUUUGACAAGCAACAAAAAAGGGGGUUGACUCCAAAAUGUAGGUAAUUAUUAUUUUUUUACUUGGCAGC